AUGACAUCCCCAUACACCCACGGCUACACGGGCCAGUACGACGCCGCCGCCAACGAACCCCCGCGCGAAGGUGGUUCCCGCCGCCGAAAACUCGCCGCCAUGGCCGGCAGCGUCUACCGCGCCGGCGUAGCGGCCGCUUCCGAGAUCCGCGAGCAAUACAGCCAAACGCGCCUGACACGCGACAUUGGCGACGGCUCGCCCGAGCAGGUGCAUAUUCCCGGCGCGUUUCCGGAGGUGCCUAUCAUCCACAGGGGCGAGGAACAGUUGAUCUUGUUUCCUUCGUACGCAAAGAGGCACGUCAAGGGCGUGCAUCUGCCUAGGCGGCCUACGUCACCAGGUGGGGAUGGGUAUGGCAGGCCGAACGGAGGCGGGAACGGCAUAGGUCCUGGGGUCGAUGAACGCGAUUACUGGACGGCGGAGUGGAACAGGCAUGAGGACGAAAAGGCGGUGGUGGAUGUAGAUAUUAGAGGGUGGAUAUAUAUGCCACCUCGUGGCCCUAUGUCGAGGAAGAAUCGGAUGGUGUUGGGAGUCGCGAGGAGGUUGAGCGGGUUACCGGGGGCUGCGGCGCCUCAGGCUGCAGUGUCGUCGUUGCAGCAUGGGAAUGGUGACUUGCGGAGGGCGGUGACUGAUCUGGAAGGGCUUGGGGAAGAGGAAAGGAUUGCGAAGGAGGCGAGGGAGAUUGAAAGGAGGGGACAGGGCGAGAAGGAGGCGGCUGUCAGAGGAGAGUACAGUGAGCGACCUCAGGCUGAUGACUUGGACGAUGGGUUUGGGGCCAUGAGGCAACGGCGCUCGCCAUCGCCGCCGAGUCCGACGGCACCGGUGAGAACAAACUCCGGCUUGGGAGCGUUUCCUUCAGAGAUGACGGAGGCGGAGCUGGCGGCUGCGAACGCGAACCUGAACGCGCGGUUGGCGCCGUUCAUGGCUACGCCGCUGGUGGGGUUGCCCAUCACGCUCUUCUUCUACAACGACCAGCGGUCCAAGUCUAAGACGGUUGAGACGAAUGCGUCAGGUCAUUUUAUUGCUCGCGUCCCGUUGGACUUUGUCCCGACACACUUCCGAGUGCUGGCCAACGAGAACAUCUCGACCACCCAACCCGUUGAGGUCAUCGAGCCUAGGGGAGUUAGUCUGAUCAGUGAUGUCGACGACACCAUCAAGCGGUCGAAUAUCAAUGGUGGCGCCAGAGAGAUCUUCAGGAACACCUUCGUGCGCGAGCUGGGAGAUCAGACCAUCGACGGAGUCAAAGAGCUGUAUACUUCUCUGCAUAAGAUGGGAGUGAAACUUCAUUAUGUUUCCAACAGCCCGUGGCAGCUUUAUCCCGUACUGGCCACCUACUUUCACAAAGCCGGCUUACCUCCUGGCUCGAUAGACCUGAAGCAGUACAGCGGUAUGCUUCAGGGCAUCUUUGAGCCGGUUGCCGAACGGAAGAAGGGCACCCUCGAAAGAAUAUUACGCGACUUUCCGGAAAGGAAGUUCUUGCUUGUGGGAGACAGUGGAGAGGCCGACCUCGAGGUCUACACCGAUCUAGUGCUGGCUUAUCCCGGAAGGAUACUGGCCGUGUUCAUCAGAGAUGUUACCACACCCGAGCAAGUGGACAUGGGGUAUUUCACCUCGAAUAUGCAGCCCACGGAGAGGCACAAUGGGCUUGAGAGGAGUGACAGCAAUAGAAGGAGGGCUGCAACAACCACGAACGUUAGGAGUCAGCCGGCGCCGCCGAGACUUCCACCGCGGUCAUCUCCUCAACCUAGGGGGCCGGUCAUGGGUGAUCUGAUUGAUCUAUCCGAUGACACUCCCUCCAUGCCUGUGCACGAUCCCCGGAGCAGCAGUCUCAAUGCCAUGCACGGGAGUAAAUCAACAAGUGACAUCCCACAACAGCGGAAAGGCCCACCACCACGUCCCGCCAAACCUACUGCCUUACGCAGCUCGCCAGCAGAGAUCAAUUCCAGCGGUGUUGCUCCUCCUCCUUUACCACCCAAGCCUCGCGACGCUCCCCGUCCAAGCACCUCGCAUCAAAACUCUUCCGCGUCAGGAUCAACAUCAAGAGGUCCCGCCCCUCCCCCUCCACCACCCCGUCGCACCAACACCGCCAACCUUUCCCAACAACAACAACCACCUAACCCACCACCCCGCCGCGUCCAAACCGCCAACUCCCACACCUCCUCCAAUUACGACUCCGACACAGACGAGUGGGGUCUUCCUCUCGAGAAACACACCUUAGGCAGCGGUUCUGGCAGUGGUAGUCGCUCCAACACCUUCCUCCCCAUCCGCCCCGCAACUUCCUACGACACCAUGAACGGGCUCAACGGCGCGUCAGUGUAUGCCACGGGUAACACUGCUUCCGGCUCAGGAGGAGGUGCAAACUCGCCGGUGAACAAAAAGCUGGAAAUUUGGCAGAGGAGAUUAGCCGAGGCGCACGAUCUUUUGGAGAAGCAGGGGGUUAAGCUGUAUACGUGGCGAGAGGGGAAGGAUGUGGUGGCGGAGGCGGAGGGGAUUGUUAGGGAGGCUUUGCGAGAGAGGGAUUUUAACCAAGGAGGAAGGAGGUCAUAG